UUUUUCAUACUUUAUUUGAGAUCAUAAUAGAAAUCGUUAUGGAGAUGUUGAAGUUCCGCUCUGAUUUAAAAUUCGAAAGUGAAUGAUUAUACACAAGGAAAGUCAUGUCCUCCUACAGAGAACAGCUUCUCUGCAUGUGAAACGAUCCGGUGAUGUCGGUGGGAGACACAUGGAAAGCUGGUUUCACAAAUGGUGUCCAGCCGUAGAAGAGACACUUGCGGGUAUUCAGUCGGACACCACAAAUGUGAGUGAUGAAAUUUGUCAAAGUCUUCUUGAGCAAGCGACGAAACAGGGUUAUGAUACAAGGUGUCUCGUGAAAACCUCGCAAGCUGAAGGAGUCGACUCUGAAAAUACGCCCGAAAGCUCUACAGAUAGGAAAGGCUUCUGGUGGUUAAAGGCAGCCUUAGGAAAAUGACGAAAUUAUUGAAUACGAGUGAUUCUAGGAGAAUAAGAGUAUAUAACCUAGGGUGGAUCGUGUGAUUCAUCGCUUCGUAUAGGUUUCGCCGCUUUGUGAUUUAAGAAGGUAAUAAGUCUUGGUGCCGGGUGUUUUCCAAGUACCUCUGAAUCAUGGAAAAUUCUACUGGGAUUAGAAGAGAUAAUUUUCACUACCUUUUCACACAUAAAGGAUUAUACAUGUAAUAAUGCCUAGAAAUAUAGAUACCAG